ACUUUUUUCACACUUGAUUCCGUUUGAGUUCAGUUUAGUAAUUUAUGCUACGUGGGUGGUUGUGUUGUGGAUUAUUCAGUUAUUCUUAUUUAUAUCCCAGCGUAAGAAACAAGUAAUAUACUAGUUGAUUAAUUCUUCUUAAAGUUUCAAAAAAACAUCAUCAUGUUGGACGUACUAGCCGAUGUACUGCAGCCGUACAAGGAGAUCGUAGGGACCAUCGCGGCCAUCGUAACGGUGGGCCAGAUGUUCUCCGGCUCCUUCAUCUGCUGGGACAUUUACAAGCAGGGCAACACCAGGGGCAUUGGGAUCAUGCCCUUCCUUGGAGGUGUCGUUAUGAGCGUCCUUAACUUGAAGUUCGGUUACAUACUUCGCGACGACAAGAUGAUCCAAGUGAACUUGUUUGGUUUGGCCUUGAAUAUCAUCUAUUGCUUGGUUUACUUCAAUUAUACUCAAGACAAGAUGAAGGUUUGGGCUCAGAUUGGUCUCGCAGGCGCCUUCUCUGCCGCCCUCAUCGCGUACGCACAAAUGGAAGACCCCAAGUUGGUUGAGAACAGAUUUGGAACUAUCAUCACUGCGUUCAUGUUCUACCUGAUCGCCUCACCCUUGUUCGGAUUGAGAGACAUAAUCAAGAACAAGAGCACGGAGGGCAUGCCGUUCCCCAUCAUCCUGUCGGGGUCCAUCGUCACCUUUAUGUGGCUGCUGUACGGCAUCAUACUCAGGAACAAGUUCCUACUCAUACAAAAUCUAGUCGCAGUAGUAUUGUGUGGAUCUCAACUGGCGUUGUUCGUGAUCUAUCCUUCGAAGCCGAAGCCAAGCAAAGAAAAGAAGCCUAAAGCAAAGAAAGCCGACUAAACCGAAUAGUUAGGACGAACCACAACGUUGCCUCUUUAGGAUGUAGGUAUGUGAUUUGGUCGGGUUAUCCUUAACUGUGCUUUUGCAAAGAUAAUACUGCUUAAAAUCGUAAAGAGCGUAUUCCUUUUUAAAAGGCCGGCAACGCAUCUCCUCUGGUGUUGCGGGUGUCCAUGGGCGGCACUUAUC